AUGGAUCCACAUGGGCUGCUCUGCGCUGGCGAGCUUUGGUGGAGGUGCUCCGAGGAGCACGACGCCAAGAGGCAGCGGCGCCAUGCAGCCCAGCCGUGGGGCUUCUCGGACUCCGAGGACGACGACGCUGGCCAGGCCGGCCAUCGCCCUGAUGGGCACGAGGGAGCCACGAAGGGCAUGGCGGACACGAAGGCGGCGGCGACGAAGGGCAUGGCGGACACGAAGGGCAUGGCGGAUGCCAUGGAUGGCGGACGCGAAGGGCAUGGCGACGAAGGGCAUGGCGGACACGAAGGGCACGGCGCCACGAAGGCGGCGGGCGCGAAGGGCAUGGCGACGAAGGGGAUGGCGGGCAUGGCGGACACGACGAAGGGCAUGGCGACGAAGGGCAUGGAUGGUGCAAGCACGGCUGUUGCGUCGGCGGCGGCGACGGCAUGUCAGACCAUCAGGUCGCCCAGCAAUGCCUUGAGGCGCAACGACUUCCAGGGCGAGGGCGAGGACGCAGAGAUGGUGCUUCGCCAAGCUGAGGAGUCAUCGAUAUACAUCAAUGGCAUCUCGCCAAUCCUGACUCCUUCUAUCCACAACCGUGCUGGGAAGUAUGAGCUGUUCUCUCGGCUCAGGCACGGGCUGCGCCUGGCGCAAGAGCACCAUGGCGGAGAUCACCAUGGCAUCGCCUACAUCGGCAGCACCUCGUGCCCAAGAUGGCGGUGGGAGGGCGGCUACUCGUGGCGGGAUGAUCGUUGCCGCGCCGAGUUCAUGGUGGGCCAUCGGUGCAAAUGGGGCAGGAUGCUGGUGGUCGCCAGUUUUCCUGCUAAAGAAACGGCGGAAGCCGAGCGCUUGGCCAUCCAGUGGUUUGAUCACUCCGGGCGCAUUACAAAUCGCGCGAUGGACGCGCGAGGGCUUUGCAUUCGCAAUUACGCGUACUCGUUUCUUUAUGUGUGCUAUUGA